GAUAUCCCUCAGCAACCUUGUUUGACGACCAGUGGAGCACAUCAUAACUUCUCUGGCGAUAUGCGAUCGUCCCUAAAUUUGUUAGCUUCCGUGCGGCCGUCGAAGCUCAAGAAGCCGACCAUUAGCCUCGAUCAUUUCAUCCAAAGGCAACGAGUCAUUUCUCUAUGGCGGGAGAUUGUUCGAGCAUUGAAUAAAAUACCAAGUUCGUCAACCAAAGAUGAACUACACAAGUAUGCUCGCGGGGAGUUUGAGCGAAAUAGGAAUGUUACGGAUCUGCAACAUAUACGGUAUCUAAUCUCAACGGGCAAGUCUGAGUUCGACAUGAUGAGACGGUAUGUUGACGAGCAGGUCGUUGGCUGAAAUGGAUAGCCUCUACCAGAUCGACAAGAUCCAUCUCAAGACGUCGCCAGAAUCAACGAAGACACAUGGAGUCCGGAGUACAAGAUACCCGAAAAAUACUAAGAUAAGAU